AUGGUGAUCAAUUUAAGCGAACUGUUGAUUGCAACCUUGAGCAACACGGUUUUAAGAUGUAUUCUUGGGAGGAAAUUCCAGGAAAAUGAUAGUAGGAGCCUGUUUGGAGAGAUCUCGAAAAGGGUUAUGAUCCGAUUUGGAAGUUUCAGUUUUGGAGUUUGGAGAUUUCUUUCCUUGGUUGAGGUGGGUGGAUCUAUAGGUUUAAUUGCAAAGUCGAAAGCAACUUUCAGAGAAUUAGAUGUUUUACUUGAACCGGUAAUUGAAGAGCAUAAGGUCAGGUCUUCUGAGGAAUUUUCUUCUGAUGAGAAGAAGGAUUUCAUGGAUAUUCUACUCCAACUUCAGAAAGAUGUCUUGCUUGACAUGGAACCUACAAAUGUUAACAUCAAAGCUAUUUUGCUGGUGAGCUUAUGUUGGAUGCGAAUUGGUCUUUUUCAAGGAAAUUCCAAUAGAAGUCAUGAAGGAAGUGAUACAACCUCAGCAACUGUGGAAUGGGCAAUGACCGAGCUCCUGAAAGAUGAAAGCAAAAUGAAGAAAGCCCAAGAUGAGGUAAGAAGGGUAAUAGGAAAAAAGUCAACGAUAGAAGUGAAUGAUAUAUGCAAAAUGGAUUACUUGAAAUGUGUGGUGAAAGAAACUCUAACUGAAAAUGCGAAACUGGGAGGCUAUGAUAUUCCUUCUAAAACUAGAGUCCUAAUCAAUGUUUGGGCGAUCUAUAGGGACGGGAUAGACCAGAAGAGUUUGCGUCAGAAAGAUUUGAGUAAGACCCAAUUGAAUAUCUUUCAGCCUGAAAAUGUAGAAGAGGUUUUGGACAUGAAUGGAGUUGCUGGACUCACCGUUUAUAAGAAAAUCCCUCUUCUUCUUGCACCGUUUCCAUAUUCCCCUGCUGCUUGA